AUGAGUCCGAAAGAUAGAUCGCAGACGAAAGGCUUCUCUCCACAAGAGGUCAGCACGAUGAAUGAAUAUUGUCAAAAGCUGGCUGGGACGAACAAUGGCAAUGAGAGAACCUUCACAAAGUUCUCCUGCACAUGCGCCCCCUCCGUUUUGCUUAUUGGUGCGAUUCAAGAUCAUAUCACCCAAUUAGAAUCGCAGCUUCGGUCGCUCAGGAGUGAACACUGUACAGCUACCGUACCCCCUGCUUUAGCUUUCAGUCAUCAGAGCCUCGCAUCACCUAACGCUGUCGAGCCUUUGGACGGGGUAGUCUUUGAUCCAGCCCUCAAAAACUGUGCGGAAACAGAUCAGCAAUUGUUCGAUCAGUUCACCAACGGCAAUGCGUUUGCAGAUGAUGAUUCCAGUCUCAGCGGAGAUGCAGAUGCUUUUCAUGUUGUUGACAAGACUUCAAUGCAACCGGCUCAAACUCAUCGGAGCCAACUAAUUGCUGAUGUUUCCGGGGACUCUAUGCAAGUGAGCGGCUUUUAUAAUGAGGGCCUAAACAGCUCCUGGGACCAAACACCGUUCGACUUUGAGCAGGUCUUGUCUGAUGCAAACUUUACCGCAGGCAAUAUGAACUUGCCUUCCUCAUCUGCCAAAAAUCAUGUAUCAUUGUGUGAUUUUGGCACUGGAACGGAAAUUUUCCCCUCGGAUGGAUCUACUAUGGGACUUGCUAACGUCGAUAUCGGAUCCAUCUCAGCUAUUACGGGUCCUGGACAGCUCCAAACAAAUCCGGUUGCAACUCGACACAGUUGCCCACACUGCUCCCGAUCUUUUAGUCGUGCGAGCGAUCAGAGGCGUCACUCUAAGAAACAUCAGCCCACCGCUCAGAGAUUUUCUUGCAUCUUCCCAGGGUGUGGAAAGGUCUUUCUUCGGAGUGAUCAUCUCCGUCAACAUCGCAUGAUUCACAACCCAAACGGUCAACGUUUCCCUUGUACCUUCGAAGGCUGUGGAAAGGACUUCUUAAGAAGCGACAAUCUUAGAAAACAUCAAAAUAGUCAAGGUCACUACUAG